GUUUAUAACCACGAUUGGUAAUUGAUUGAGAUAAUCUGUAUUCCGUAGUUUUGUUUUUAUUUUACAUUCAAAUAAUAACUUUUAAAUAUUAGCACGAAAUUUAUAAAUUACAAAAUGAGUAAUUUCAGAUAUAAAGUAGGGCCAAUAGCAAAAUGUGUUUUUCAAACUCAAAGUCCAAGAUCUAAUUUAUGGUGUACUUUAAUGCAGUACAGAUUUUAUCCUAGGCCGACCAGUUUUCCUGACUACUUUCAAAAUCCAAUAUUUAGGAAAGAGGAUCAAGCUAAACUGAUUGAGAGUAAUGAAUUAACGAAACUAGCUGCUUUACCCGUAAAACCCCCUGCGGCUUAUGAGACAUCUUCAGUCUACCACGAUCCCCUUGUUAGUAAACUUAUAAAUCAUGUCAUGAAAAUGGGCAAUAAAAAAUUAGCCCGUAAUCUGGUUGAAAAAGCAUUUGAAAAUAUUAAAAGAAUACAAAUAGAGAGGUAUCAUUUAGCAACAACACCUGAAGAGAAAGCAAAAGUAGUACUCAAUCCCAAAGAUAUUCUACACAAAGCUGUCGAAAAUUCAAAACCAUUAUUACAACUUCUACCAAUAAAAAGAGGAGGUAUCACUUAUCAGGUUCCUGGUCCCAUAACAGAAAAGAGAUCACUUUUCUUAGCCAUAAAAUGGCUUCUAGAAGCUACAAAUGAUAAGGAGAGAACAAUACAUUUCCCUGAGCAAUUUGCGUGGGAACUUCUUGAUGCUGCUAAUAACACUGGCAAAGUUGUAAAGAGAAAACAAGACAUACAUCGUCAGUGUGAAGCUAACAGAGCAUAUGCACAUUACAGAUGGCAGUAGUUUAAGAUAUUGUUUAAAGUGUUGUAAUUAAAUUGUAGAUUAAUAAUAUAAAUUAAGUAAACAAUAAA